ACUUACCAAUACAUUGAAACAUAAAAAAUCUUUGAAAAUCCUGAAUUAAAAUUAAAAGUGAAUUUCUCUUAUUUAGAGCAGAUUAAUAGACAUAUAAACAGCACUAUCACAUUCGAUAUCAUCAUUACAACAGAAGUGAUAUUAAGAUUCAUUAGAGUAAGACCGGAAAUAGUAGAAAAUUCGAGAAAGUAUUUCUUAUCAAAAGUUACACCAUAAAUCCUAGAAUUCAAUCAACAAACAAAGGCUCGACAUCCAGAAGAAUAAAACAAAAGAUCUGAAAACAUCACUGGAAACUCAAUAUUAGUCACAAAUUUAGUAAUUAAAGGCGUAUAAGAUUAAAUCAUGUCAGGCCACCAGUAUUUCUCGAAUGGCAAUAGCUUGUUCAGUGAUGAUGUUGAUGAUGAAACAUUCCUUAAAAAUUCUCGUGUAAAACCAAAAGAUGAUUAUUUAGAACAAAGACAGUUGUACGAGCAGAAAAGAAAGGAAAUUGAGAAUCGUACGAUUGAUUCCUCACAAAGAAGCAUUGGAUUGUUAAGAGAAACAGAACAAGUUGGAAUUGCAACAGCACAAGAAUUGUCUAAACAGCGAGAACAACUUGAAAAGACAAGAGAUCAAUUAGACACGAUUAAUACAAGUUUAAAGUUCAGUCAGAGACACUUGACAGGCAUCAAGUCAAUGUUUGGUGGACUUAAAAAUUAUCUCUCUGGAAAGUCUGAAUUUGAGCCAUCCAAAAUGUCACCAUCAUCAUCAAACAGCUCAUCUAUUGCUUCCCCAACUUCUGACGAAAGAUAUAAUCAACAUCCAACAACUCGACUUCGUAAUGAUCCACAAAUGCAGCAACAGCAAAUGGCUGGGAAUGUAAAUUUUAAUCAACAACUCGAUCGAAAUUUGGACGAAAUGUGUGAUAGUUUGUCACGCUUAAAAGGCUUAGCUAUUGAUCUAAACGGAGAAAUCGAUUCUCAAAAUGAUCUAAUCGACCAAAUUACAGAUAAAACGGAAGAUGUUGAUAUUAAAAUUGGCAAGCAGAACCAACAAAUGUUCAAACUUUUAGGCAAAAAGUAAUUCAGAAACUCGUCUAAUCAUAUUUCCAUGUACUACUCGUUAUCAAAAUUUAUGUUACAAUUCAUAAUUAAUAAAUUUUUGAAUGCUUAAAAAAAUAA